CAAGAGCGCCAAGAGUUGAUGAACAGCAUUCCUUUGGUUAUCCAAGAAACAAGGACUGAGACACACAUACCUAAGUUGUGGCUACGUUUAAUAUGUCUGUCAACAAGGACAAGGACUUACUGUUGUUAACAAUGGACAAUUCCUGGAAUCUAUGUCAGUGCAGAAGAGAGAGACAUCAGAGCAGAGUGAAUCUGAGGAGAGCAGGAAUCAGAAAAUGGCAAAGAUGCAGUGGAGUCUGUUUCUGCUCAUUCUGAUGGGUUCCUUCUUAACAUGUCAACAAUAUGAGUACCACUUUAUCGAAGAGAAAAAGACCUGGUAUGAUGCCCGGAAGUACUGCAGAGAGAACUAUACAGACCUGGCCACAGUGUAUGACAUGACAGACGUGACACGACUCUGUAAGUCUAAAGAGAAUCAACAGGAAGCCUGGAUUGGGCUGCACAACAUGCCAGGCAUAGAAAACACGAAGUGGCACUGGUCUCUGCCAGGGGUGGAGUAUGAUGCAACUGAGACAAAAUUGUGUCAUGGACAACUAAGGGUUGAGAGAUGUUUUCGGAUACUUGACUGUAUAAUUCGCUUAUACUGGAGUCCUACCCCUUGUACUGAGAAACAUGGAUUUAUCUGCUAUGAUGGAAAGAAGCCACACAAAAAAUUCCACGUGAUUCAAAUAUCAAUGACGUGGCAAAAGGCUCAGAGCCACUGCAGGGAAAAACACACGGACCUGGUCAGUGGACUCAACCAGCUAGAAGACAAAGAGCUAAUAAGAGAGAUACAACAAUAUCCUUUUCGUAGGUAUUGGGUCGGAGAUACCUGGAUGUGGUCAGAUCAGAGUCCUUCCUCUUUCAGACACUGGGAUCACAACUAUUUUGUCAUUAAGCCAGACAAAGAGAAAUGUGCAGUGACCAUGAUGGAUGAAACAGGCAGAUGGAAGACUGAUGACUGUGGUGAAGAAAAAUCCUUUUUCUGCUAUGACGAUAAAGUGAUCCUGAUCAGAGAAAAUAAGACCUGGGAGGAGGCCUUGUAUUACUGCAGAGAGAAAUACCGUGACCUGGUCUCCAUCACUAACCUUCACCAGCAGAAUUGGGUCAAAGAGAGAGCCAAGAUCGCUGACAGUCCCUUCGUCUGGCUGGGACUACGCUACACCUGCACUCUGGAUUUCUGGUUCUGGGUCAGUGAUGAGGUCGUCUCCUAUAAGAACUGGGACUCAGAUGGACAGAAGGACGAGUGUGACAUGUCUGGAGCCAUGAAGAGAGAAGGACAUAAGUGGUUCAGUCGGCAUGAUAAUGAGAAGUAUAAUUUCAUCUGUGCUCUUUAGUAAAUUGUGAAAUGAAAUGUAAAAUUACAAAUUAGAUGUUGCACUGCAUGACUACUAAGAAUGUUCACAUUUCAGUAGCUGCCUGGACAAUUAUUAAUAUGAAUAUAUAUUUUUCUGUCUCCUUGCCCUGAUUCAGGAACAUCUGAACUCUCUUUGUCAUGCUGGAUGACAUAUAACUACAUUGUUUAUCCAUUAGGAUUUUAUUACAUUUUUCUUUUAAAGUGUGGGCUUUUUAUUCAUCUUUUGAGGCUAUAUUUUCCAUCCCAUCAGGGUGGUAGUAUGUAUACAAGAGGAAAUAGAAAUAAAUAUACCAAUCCAUACUGGUGUGCUAUAGAAAAUAUCUCAUAUACUCACUCUAGAAUAUUUUAUCUUAAUUUUUAAAGUUUUGGUUAAGAUCUGGUGAUGGUGACAAAAUGUAAAAUCAUAUUUCUUUGAGUUUUAUGUAAACAGAUACUUGAUUUAUUUGAUGCUCAAUAAACUGUUAAACUAUGUAGUGUUUUCUUCUUUUUUAUGUUCAACCAGUGAUGCCUGAUUUUAUAAUGAAAAUGCAGACCAUAAUGUACAGUGUGAACGCACUUGUUAAAGAAAACCAUCACAAUAGAACUUAGCAAAGAGUAACAUUAAUGACUGCAAAACAAAAAAAAACAAUCCCAAAUCUGAAACUGAUUUACAUAUAAUUCACUUGUUUUUAAAUCUUUCUGGCAGUCAUUCUUAAAUGACAGUCGAUUAAGAGAAGUGGUGGAAGACCUACACAGAUCCUUUAUUUAAGUAAAAGCACCAGUACCAAAUAAAAAAACUCCAUUAGCAGUAAAAGUUCUUCAUUAGUAAAGGUAUGAACAAAAUGUACUUAAAUUAUCAAAAGUAAAAGUUUGU